AAAUCAUUCUACUGAUCGUGGUGAUUUCGUUAGCAUUCCGUACUCCACAGAACUUCACAAUUAUUUACAAUACAUUGUGUUUAUUUUAUUUCCAGUCACCGUAUAUUGUUAAAAAAUAUAUUACUUCUUUAAUCCUUUGCAUCGGUACAAAUUCAAAAUACGGGAAAAAAUAAACCAAAAUGAAAGACAUCAUUCACUUCCGCUUAGCUAUAAGUACCGAUAAACCAGCAGUUUUAGAAUUUUUACGGGAGCACUAUUUUCCCUAUGAAACAUUAACUUAUUCUAUUGAACCGAAAAAGCAGGAUUCUGGUGCAGAGGAAGAUAUGACAAAUUGUGUGGACGUAGCUGAUCGAUUCUGUUUACUAGCUCUCUAUGAAAAUCAGAUUGUAGGAGCUCGGUCGUUAUUAACCAAAGGACCAGACGCAGAACAGGUAUUAUUGAAAAAAGCAUCCGAAAUACCUUGGAGUCAGUACGCAAAAGUUUUGAAGAUAUUAGCAAAAGUUGAAAGAGAUGCUAAUGUUUUCAAGAAGUUCAACAAUUUCAAAUUAGCGUUGCAUGGAAAUGGCUUGGCUGUUCAUAAAGAUUUCCGUGGAAAUGGAAUUGGUUUGAAAUUGUAUGAAAAAUCAAUGCAAAUUGGUAAAGCUUUGGGGUAUUCACUUUUUACAUGUGAUUGCACGAGCAUUUAUUCAGCACGAUUAUGUGAACUUAUGGGCAUGGAAUGCACCAAUGUUUGCAAAAUGGAAGAUUAUCGGCUUCCGGGAAGCGAUGAGCAGUUCAUUUUUCCACCUGCACAUCAAAAAUAUAUAAAAACAUAUGCAAAAGUUGUUCAAUAAUAAAGUUUUUGGGAUUAAAAUAUUAAUAAUUUA